AAAUUUAGGUUUUAUUAAGUGAGAGAAGAGGAGGAGGCGUCGAAGGGUUUUUGGGUAUAGUCAAAGGAUAUGGCGAAAUACAACGAGAUCGCGAAGAAGAAGAGAGAAGCGAAAGCUGAUAGAAAGCGAGCCAUUCACGGCGAUCCUCGCACCAACAAAUUGAAGACCAGAGUUCCUGUCCCUUCCGUCUCCGGUAAACGUCAGAGAAAGCUCCUCCGCAAAUGGCGCCGAGAGCAGAAAGAUAUGGUGGAUAAGGGUCUUGUUACCAUGGCAGAUGUUGAGAUGGCUUCUGCUGAAGCUGAAUCUGAAGACUCCAAGAAAUCCCCCAAAAAAUUUAGUGUAAAGAAGACCUUGAAGCUCAAUAAACUAAAGAAUAAAGGCAACAAGAAGAAAAACCAGAAAGCCAGUGGCCAAGGAUCUGCUGAUCAGAUGCUAGAAUGAGUGUCGUGGGUUUAAUAGAAAUUUUGGUUUUUAAGUUUUCCGAAUCUUAUAGUUUUCUGAUUCUUUUUUGUCGUUUAAAAAGAUCUUAUCUUGUAUUCAUUCUGCUAUGUGCUGCCUUUAAAGUAGAGUUAGAUACGGAACAACUUGAUAUCUCUAAACAAUCAAUUGCAUCUAAAGAUAUUUAACCUUUAA